AUGGAGAAAGUAUUCGCGCUGGAAGUUUUCAAAAUUAUUGUAAUUAUUUUGUUUUUACCAACAGCCACCUUUCAAUACGUGAAUCAUGCGGUAUUUGAUGGAACGUCAUUUUCAGCUUUCGGGCUAAGCAAACCAGAACCGGAAUGGGUGGAGGUCAUGAAAGAAGGACUAAGUGGUCCGGGCACUACGGUAGCCUACCCGGGUGGAUACAAGGAGAUCGAGACUACCACCGGCAAACCACUAGGUCCUUGGCUGCCCAAAGGUGAUAACAUCUUCCUCGUGUCAGGAUUUAAGGUAGCUGAUGAGAAGGACGCCAAACUCCAAGAUACUUUCGAGAAGGAUUGGAAGGAAUCUUCAGGAACCAACUUCAUCCUCAAGAAUGCUCCCAAGGAGCUCGGCAUCUCUAACUGCGGCCUGUAUAAGAAGUUUACCGAGCCUCCCGGGAUGCUGUACGUCCUCAGAGCCGAGCUGACUGGGGCUGGGGUGGACUCUGAGCCGGCCAAGACCUUCCUGGCGCAACUCAAGGAGUUCAAGUACCCGGACUAUAUCCAGAAGGUGGACAGUGAGCUUUACAUGGCGGAUCCAGAAAACAUCAUUUUCCCUCCAGCGGGGAAGAAAGAUCUCCCGGAAGGCUUUGCGUACAAACCAGAGUAAACACGUCGCCCGAUCGGAAAGAAAGAAAACCUUGUCAUUCAAACGGACUUGCUUUUUAUUUGAGGCCCUUUACUCUGAUCAUCAAUAUGCAAUCUCAAAAUUCCAUCGAAUUAGACCGAAACACAUUUUUGGUGG